AUCAGGCCUGAUCUCUGUUCGCACUUGCCGGUAAAUUGUGAUGACUCUCAUAUGCAGCAGAGUGCCAGUACUAGUGCCACGCUACCUUUUGGUGAACUGUCGAGUACUAGUGGCCUAGUACUUCCUGGUCUUUCACAUACCAGCACUGCAGUAUCACUCGGUGACGUGGCGAGUCCCAUAAGUGCAGUACAAGCUGGUGCGGUGGGGAGCACAAGUAGUGUCCCGCAACCAACAAGAAUUAGCACACAGGCCCGUAGAGCCCCUAGUAUCCUUCCGGAUGUGUUUGCAAAUCCCGAUUGGCAGCCCACAAAUUCUGCAGCACCAUAUACUUCCCCCAUUCACUGCCAACCCGGAAUUCAGGUGGAAUUCGCAAAUUUAACUACUCCCCUUGAUUUUUUGGAGCGGUUUUUCACAGAAGAUCUGUAUGCAUUGAUUAUGGAUCAAAGCAAUUUAUAUGCACAACAGUUUAUCGCCGCCAACCCAGAAUAAAACCAUGCCAGACCAUUCGCAUGGAAACUCAUUACGGUUUCCAAAUUUAAAUUUAAAUUUGGACCUAACCCUCAACAUGAGCAUUACUAAAAAAAA